GUUGCCGAGCUGGCCAGCGAGCGCGAGGAGCUCGUCUCGGCGCUGUCGCUGAAGGAGCAGCAGAUCCGGCACCUGAGCGCCCGCGCAGCCCAGGCCGGCCACGAGGGGGAGCCGCCGGAGGACGAGUGCGACGAGCAGGCGCUUCGGAAGGCCUCGCAGAGGGACCAGAAGAUGGAGGAGCUCACCGUCCUCUACCACAGGCUGGUGAAGCAGAACGCCGCCCUGAAGGUGGAGAACGCGGAGAGCGGCACCAAGGUCCAGCGGAAGGACUCCACGCCAUGCUCGGGCGUUCGAGGCGGAGCGCCGCCCGGGGCCUGCAUCGAGCGCUCGGCGGUGGCUCGGGAAGCCGCGAUGGUGCUAGGUCUCCACCCGUCGGAGGUGUGGGGCUCUCGAGGCGUCCAGGUCGAAGCUCUGCUGAAGUCGCAGGGGGACCUCCUGGAGACCCAGAAGGAGCUCAAGCAGAUCCUGAAGAAGCAGAGCGAGCAGAUAGCGAGGCUGAGCGAGGGGCAACACCUGCUGUCCGCCCAGGUGGCGCUUCCGCCAGAGAAGCGCCUGAGCGCCCAGAGCGGCCCUCAAGCGGACAAUGCCACGCUUUCCGCGCCGGUGCGCGUCUGCAGCAAGAACCUCAGGGACAAGCAGGACGCCCUGCUGUCCUACAAGGCCGACGCCGACGGUGGCGGCGGGACCACCGUCGCGGGCGCGCUGCGGGUCGUACCCGCGAUCCAGAACUACGACUGGGGCAAGCCGUGGGAUACACCCCCGAACCGUCGCUCGUCGCGCAGCUGUGCGAGUCGGAGGAUCGGCGCCUGGACCGGAGCGCCCGGUACGCGGAGAUGUGGAUGGGCACGCACCCGAACGGGCCGUCCGCGGUGCUCCUGGAGAGCGCGGACGGCGCGGGGGGGCGCGUCACGGCGGACCUGA